AUGGAACCAGAGCCGUCCACUACUGCUCUCCUUGAGGCUGUCACAGCCCUCACUGCCACAGUCUGGUCUCUCCAGGACCAAAUCAAAUCCCAAGGCAAGCAAAUCACCCAGCUUGUUGCCAUAUGCAAGGAGACCAACAACCUUGUUGGCAACAAAGACCAGGGCAGAGCCCAAACUAAGCCUGGCCCAUUGACUGGGCCUGUUACCCCUCCUACCCACACAGGAGGGGAAACUAUGGUUGUGUGGAUACUUUACCACAUGACAGACAAGGCAGCCAACUGGGUGCUUCCCCUCAUUGGGGCAAUCAUCAAAGGGGAAGGCAACCCUCCAACUACCAUCCCGGCCCUAACGGCCAAAUUCAAGGAGGCGUUUGCCAAUCCCAAUGCCAAGCAGGCCACAGCCAGAAAAAUUGCGGCACUCUCCCAGACCACAACUGUCAUAAACAGAGGAAAAUAG